CGUUUGCCUUGAAUACUAAUAAGCAGAUUUCGAAUGUGUACAGUUCUCAAUCCAUCAAAUAAAACUAUUACUUUCAAAGAUGAUAAUAUACAUUAUUGUUUUAGUCGUUUUGGCCGUAGUUUUUCUAUUGAUCAAAGUAGCAAAAACGGAAAGAUUUCAAACGUUGCUAGAAACAGUCAAAAGAGAUUACAGGCUCAUUAAACGGGGCGCUUCGCUUGGGAUUCAGCUCGAGGUGUGUCGGUUUAAACAGGAAACGGUGCCCAAAAUUUUUACAAGGCUUGCCCUCAAACACCGAGAUAAAAUAGCUUUUUAUUUCGAAGAUCAAACAUGGACAUUUCGUCAAGUGGAAAAUUUCAGCAACAAAGUCGCAAACUUUUUCAAAAAGAGAGGUUACCAACGAGGACAUGUUACGGGUCUUUUUCUAGAAAAUAGCCCAGAGUUUGUGUGCUUUUGGUUGGGUCUAAAUAAAAUCGGUGUCGUUACAGCCCUUAUCAACACCAACCUUGUCGAAGACCCGCUAUUACAUUCCAUCAGGACGGUGGAUCCUAAAUGUUUGAUUUAUGGAUCCACGUUAAAACAGGCUGUCAGAAAUAUUUCUGGAAAAAUAUCACACUUGGAACUUUAUGAAUUUUUUGAAAACGGUCAAAAUUCAUUAGUGCUGGAUGGUGCAGAAAAUAUAAAUUUUCGGUUAAAAAAAGAGUCCGAGGUUUCUCCCACUGAAGAAAUUAAAAAAGGAAAAAACAAAGACAAAUUAAUUUUUAUUUAUACUUCUGGUACGACGGGUUUGCCUAAAGCUGCGAUUCUGACAAAUGCGAAGUUUAUUUUCAUGACUGUUGGUCUACGUGCUAUGUCACAACUAAAAGAAUACGAUGUUUUAUAUGUUUCCUUACCUUUGUACCAUAGUGCUGGUGGUAUUGGGGGAGUUGGCCAAUGUCUGAUAGGCGGUACUACAGUAGCGGUGAGGAAAAAGUUUUCGGCUUCGAACUUUUGGAAAGACUGCAUUAAAUAUAAAUGUACUUCAGCUUUCUACAUUGGAGAAAUCUGCCGUUACUUACUCUCAGAGCACAGUAAAAACGAUACCCCUAUUCGCCAUUCCGUCACAAAAUUGAUUGGUCUUGGGUUAAGACCGCAAAUUUGGAAUCACUUUGUUUCUAAAUUUAAUAUCAAGGAGGUUUACGAAUUCUACGGCUCCACUGAAGGCAACACAAACUUAAUGAACAUUGAUAACAAAUCCGGUGCCGUGGGGUACAUUCCAACAUGGGCCAAACUUUUUCAUCCUGUGUCAAUAAUUAAGUGCAACAUGUCAACCGCCGAACCAAUCAGAGGCUCAGAUGGCUAUUACCAACCUUGUAAACCUGGAGAACCCGGACUUUUUAUUGGAAAAGUUAGUUUCAGGAAACAGAUGGGUCGUUUCGAUGGGUACGUCAACAAAAAAGCCAAUGAAAAGAAGUUGCUUCAAAAUGUUUUUGUAAAUGGCGAUGUUUAUUUUGAUUCGGGGGAUAUUCUAGUUCAGGAUGAGAUGGGUUACUUCUACUUUAGGGACAGAAUGGGCGACACAUUUAGGUGGAAGGGAGAAAAUGUAGCUACCUCCGAAGUCGAAGCAGUAAUUAGCAAAAUUCUAAAUUUGAGUGAUGCUGUGGUAUACGGCGUAGAAGUACCAGGAACUGAGGGCAAGGCUGGUAUGGUAGCGAUAGUACCAACGACCAGAACACUUGAUAUGAAGAAAUUUUGUGAAAAUCUAAAAAUGAACCUCCCAUCGUAUGCCGUUCCGCUAUUUGUGAGAGUUAUGAAAUCGGUUCCAUUGACCGGUACCUUCAAACUAAUGAAAGUCGACUUGCGAAAAGAAGGUUUCAAUGUGGAAAAAAUCCAAGACGAAUUGUUCAUCUAUGACGCGAUAAAUAGUACUUACGUUGAAUUAACACCGAAUAUUUAUGAAGGUCUCAUUACGGGGAAUAUUAGACUGUGAUUAUAAAA